AUCCGCCGCCCGAACGCCGCGCGCUGCAGCUGCCCCAGCCCAGCCGACGGUCGCCGGCGCCCUUGACCUUGGAACGCGCCCCCAGCGCCCCGGGAUCGUUCCAGCGGCUCCGCGCUCCCCUCGCGCCCCGGGAUCGUUCCGGCGGCCGCCGCUGCCUCCCCGGAGCGCCAGCCCGCGCGCCCCGCUCGCCGCUCCCCGGCACUCUCGGGGGGCCCGCCCGCCCUGCACCCUGGAGCACCGGGCCUCGAGCCUCUGCCAGCUCCUCUGGAUCCUCGCGGCCGUGGGCAGCGGCUGCCGUGCCUCUCCGCCUGAGACAGGACCCUCACUGCUGCAUUUGCCCAGUAACUCUGGCUGUGCCGCCCAGCCCUUGGGUAAGACGGGCGUCCCGGGAACAUGGCAGAGGAAGACCUCAUCUUCCGCCUGGAAGGCGUGGAUGGCGGCCAGGCCUCCCGGGCUGGUGAUUCAGAUGCAGACAGCAAUGGUGAGGAGGAUUACUUCAUCUGCCCCAUCACUGAUGACCCGGGGGCACGCCAGAAUGUUGAUUCCAAGGUUAAUAACUACGACGGCAACCUAGCCAAAAGCGAGCACUACGGCUCCAGUGGGUCCCCGGCCAUCUCCUUCCAUUUCAAGGAAGCUUGGAAGCAUGCAAUCAAGAAGGCCAAGCACAUGCCUGACCCCUGGGCCGAGUUCCACCUGGAGGACAUUGCCACGGAAUGUGCCACGCGCCACAGGUACAACGCCGUCACCGGGGAGUGGGUGGAGGAUGAAGUUCUGAUCAAGAUGGCGUCUCAGCCCUUCGGCCAGGGAGCGAUGAGGGAGUGCUUCAGGACGAAGAAGCUUUCCAACUUCCUGCACACUCAACAGUGGAAGGGGGCCUCCAACUAUGUGGCAAAGCGCUACAUCGAGUCCGUGGACAGGGACGUGUACUUUGAGGACGUGCGUCUACAGAUGGAAGCCAAGCUCUGGGGAGAGGAGUAUAAUCGGCACAAGCCCCCUAAGCAGGUGGACAUCAUGCAGAUGUGCGUCAUAGAGCUGAAGGAAAGGCUGGGCCGGCCUCUCUUCCACCUAGAGCACUACAUCGAGGGCAAGUACAUCAAGUACAACUCCAACUCAGGCUUCGUCCGCGAUGACAACAUGCGCCUGACACCUCAGGCCUUCAGCCACUUCACUUUUGAGCGUUCCGGCCACCAGCUGAUUGUGGUGGACGUCCAGGGUGUGGGUGACCUCUACACCGACCCACAGAUCCACACCGAGAAGGGCACUGACUUUGGAGAUGGCAACCUAGGUGUCCGCGGGAUGGCUCUCUUCUUCCACUCUCAUGCCUGCAACCGGAUUUGCAAGAGCAUGGGCCUCGCUCCUUUCGACCUCUCCCCAAGAGAGAGGGACGCGGUGACUCAGAACACCAAGCUACUGCAAUCAGCCCAGACCAUCUUGAGGGGGACAGAGGAAAAGUGCGGGAGCCCCCGGGUGAGGACCCUCUCGGGGAGCCGGCCCCCCCUGCUCCUUCGCCUCUCAGAGAACUCUGGAGAUGAGAACAUGAGUGACAUAACCUUUGACUCUCUCCCUUCCUCGCCAUCUUCUGCCACGCCGCACAGCCAGAAACUGGACCACCUUCAUUGGCCUGUGUUCAGCGACCUCGAUAACAUGGCACCCCGAGACCCCGACCCUCUGGACAACCACCGGGACUCCGAGAACAGUGGAGACAGCGGAUACCCCAGUGAGAAGCGGGGUGAGCUGGAUGACCCAGAGCCCCGAGAACAUGGCCACUCAAACGGUAACCGGAGGUAUGAGUCGGACGAAGACAGCCUGGGCAGCUGCGGACGGGUCUGUGUGGAGAAGUGGAAUCUCCUCAACUCCUCCCGUCUCCACCUGACGAGGCCUUCAGCCGUGGCCCUGGAAGUGCAGAGGCUCAAUGCUCUGGACCUUGAGAAGAGAAUUGGGAAGUCCAUUUUGGGGAAGGUCCAUCUGGCCAUGGUGCGCUACCAUGAGGGCGGGCGCUUCUGCCAGAAGGACGAGGAGUGGGACCAGGAGUCGGCGAUCUUCCACCUGGAGCACGCGGCCGACCUCGGCGAGCUGGAGGCCAUCGUGGGCCUGGGACUCAUGUACUCGCAGCUGCCCCACCACAUCCUGGCGGACGUCUCUCUGAAGGAGACAGAAGAGAAUAAAACCAAAGGAUUUGAUUACUUACUGAAGGCAGCUGAAGCUGGCGACAGACAGUCCAUGAUCUUGGUGGCUCGAGCCUUUGACACUGGCCAGAACCUCAGCCCAGACAGGUCCCAAAGCUGGCCAGAGGCUCUACUCUGGUACAACACUGCCCUGGAGACAACUGACUGCGAUGAAGGUGGGGAGUAUGAUGGGAUGCACGAUGAGCCCCGGUACCUGCUGCUGGCCAGGGAGGCAGAGAUGCUGUUCACAGGCGGCUGCGGGCUGGAGAAGAACCCACAGAGAGCAGGCGACUUGUACACCAAGGCAGCCGAGGCAGCAAUGGAAGCCAUGAAGGGCCGGCUGGCCAACCAGUACUACGAGAAAGCCGAGGAGGCCUGGGCACAGUUUUGCUGUAGGUUUAAAAAGAAAAAAAAGCAGCCUUUAUGGAUGUAAGUAGGAAAAAAUCCGUAAUCCCUGUGCACCUGGAUAUCCUUAUCCCCUCCUCCUCGCCUGAGGCCCUGUGGGAAUUUAUCAUCAAAUGCAACCUUGAUGAACCAAGCCAGGUAAAUUACUGUUGUUGCUGUUUUAGUGACUUCAUUUCCUUUCGUCCCAGCACAUUUGUCUGCAGUACUAGACAUGUUUUCCAAAUCAAAAAUGUUUACACAAGUAUAUGCAGCUUGUGUGGGGGAAAGGAGAUAAAAUAUGCAUAUUCUCUGCAUUUGUGCCUGUUUCUCACUUUUCUAAUCUCUGCGGUACCCCGUUAACCUAGACAAGGUGGACACUGGGUGGACCCAGAGAAGUGGCUUGCAUUAUAGAUUUAUUUUUGCAUAUAUAUUAAGUUCCAUUUUGCCUUUCCAAAUAAAGUGGUUUCUUUCUUUCUGGUCUCAAAUUCAAAUGUCUCCUGGUAACACAUGAGUGAAGUAGCUGGGUGGAGGUGGGGUGAAUUGGAGGGCUCAGCCCCACCUGAAAGAGGCAGCCCAGGUUCAGCUCCGAAUGGUUGUCCCCAUGGGGAGUGCGGGCCCAGUGUUGCCCCAUUUUCCAAUUUUUCAAGCUGCUGAAAAUUGGAUUUUUUUAUGCAAGGUUUCUUGAUUUUUAACAUUUCUAAUAAAUUCUUAUUUAAAAAACUUAUAGAUUUGGCACAUACGUUUUCUGUUUGCUUUAAAUAUAGGAUGUGUACCUCUCGUU